UCCAGGCUAGGCGGGUAGGGGCUAGAAGAGGCCGAGCUCCCCGGCUCAAUCUGCGGGGCGCCUCUGGAGCUUCACCAUCUUCCUGGGCCGGGACGCGGCGGCCGGGGAGUGGAGGGUACAGGGGACGCGGCGAUGGCUCCGUGGGGUCUCCCGGGGUCGGCUGUCCUCUCUGCUGCGGUGUUCGUGGGAGGCGCCGUGAGUUCGCCGCUGGUGGCCCCGGACAACACUGGCAGUCACACGUUACACUCCCGAGCAGAGACGACUCCAUCCUCACCCACCAACAACGCUGGGAAUGGACACCCGGAAUAUAUCGCAUAUGUGCUUGUCCCCGUGUUCUUCAUCAUGGGUCUCCUUGGUGUCCUCAUCUGCCACUUGCUUAAGAAGAAAGGCUAUCGGUGUACGACAGAGGCCGAACAGGAAGUUGAAGAGGAAAAAGUAGAGAAGAUAGAGUUGAAUGACAGCGUUAAUGAAAAUAGUGAUACCGUCGGGCAGAUUGUCCACUACAUCAUGAAAAAUGAAGCGAAUGCAGAUAUUUUGAAAGCCAUGGUAGCUGACAACAGCGUGGGCGAUGUUGAAAGCCCUGUGACCCCUAGCACCCCAGGGAGCCCCCCUGUGAGUCCCGGGCCCUUGUCACCAGGAAGCACCCCAGGGAAGCAUGUCUGCGGCCACCAUCUGCACACAGUGGGAGGUGUCGUUGAACAGGACGUGUGCCAGCGCUGUAGGCACAAGCGGUGGCACUUCAUAAGACCCACCAACAAGUCCAAAGAGGGCCGGCCACGGCGUCAAGGGGAGGUCACGGUCCUCUCUGUUGGCAGGUUUAGAGUGACCAAGGUGGAGCACAAGUCAAACCAGAAGGAACGGAGAAGCUUGAUGUCCGUCGGUGGGACCGAGAGCGUCAACGGUGACGUGCCCGUGACGCCCGUGAAGAGGGAACGGAGCGACACGGAGUAGCAGCAGUGGCUUUCUUGAAGCCUUCUAAGAGACUCCAAACCUGCAAGAUAUGAAGUUGACUGGGAUAAUAUUUUUAUAUAUUUUUUACUGUUUCUAUCAUGAAGUCAAUGGGCAUGUGGCUCAAACCCAAAAGGGAGUAUUUUUGCUAGGCUGAACACAGAAUUCAGUUUGCUUUGAAAGACGUUUGGGACUCAAAAGUCUGAUGAAAAUUUUAGUUGAGUUUCCCAGAGGGAAAGAGCUCAUUUUAUUUUUUUGUACUUGUGGACCGUCCCUAGCCGCCCACCAUGGUUCCCAGUUGCACAUUCCCAGCUGUUCUGUACACAAGCGGCUUCUCCCUUGGAAUCACAGCCUUUUGAACAGCGGAGUCAUUCACAGCCUGAGCUUCUGCUGGUGUGUUCACGUCUGUUACUCUAGCCAGAUUCCAUUUUGAUACUGGUUAUAAGUCUUCGUGUAUACAGUUGGGCUGUUACAGAAGACCCUUCCCUGCAGAAGCCCAUCCCCCAGGAGAUCAUGGAAUCAGAUGGAAACCACAGCCCCGGAGACUUGGGAUUCCUGGACCAAGAAUUCAGCAUUGACUCCUGCUGCCAUCUGGCCACGCCUGUCGCUCUUGGGUCACUUAGAAAAUGUAGAGACUCUUACUGUUUUUAUUUAACUUAAUCUAAACAGUUCUCCUUUAGUCCAUCUGAGUAAAAGGGGAAAUGGUUUAAAGUCACUCUAAAAAAAAAAAAAAAUCCGUUUUGACAACCAGAGACCAAAACAAAACACUCCUUAAGUAAACGAGCCCCUGCUGAGACCUCUGUGAGUUUUACUCUGGGUCCUGCAGUUCAUCUUGAUGCUCAGUAAAGGCUUCUGAGGAAGACUGUAAGUUCAAGGCCUGCAUGGGCUACAGAGAGAGUUCAGGGAUAGCUUGGGUGACUGAGCCAGACCCUGUCUCAAAACAAGAAAGUGAAAAGAUGUAGCUCAGUGGUAGAACACUUUCCGAGCAUGCUCAGCCACUCUUAGCGACUCCUAGCCUGGAAGCACACAGAAGCCGCUACUGUUUGUGUUGUGGGGGGGGGGGGGGGGGGCAAGCUCCAUGCCCUGCCUCCACUGGUGUGAUGCAUUGAUUUCAAAGAGAAAGGGUUUGUUUUUGUGUUUGUUUGGCUCCACAGAAAUAAGAAAAAAAGGGGAAAAAAGAUUUUUGUAAAGGUAUACCACAGGGCAUUUUCUGUAGAUAUGAUUGAUUCUGUUUCUGGAAACAAGCUAACUUUUUUUCUAACGUUUUAUGUGAGUGGUAGAUGCAUUUUGAUGUGACUCACACUGGCAGCUGACUGGCAUGCAUGUGGUGUCUACAAAGCAGAGAAGCCAGUGUGGAUGCAGGAUUCACCGUGGUCCAGGAAGAGGACUGUGUGUUGGUUGGAGUUAGGUUUGUGCAGCUAAGCCAAUGUUUUCACGUAAACAAAACAUCAUUUUGCAUUUAAAAAAAAACCAUAAUGUCCUUUAAGAGGUGAUGGGCUAGUAUGUAAGAUACUCUUCAGCUUUAAUUAUUUUUUAAUUUUAUUCACUCUAGAGAGCACUUUCUAUAGCAAUAAAAAACGAAGAAUACGCAAAGAUAUUUAAAAUCGUAUUUAUAUACCAAGAGUACAUUUUAAACAUUUUUAAAUAUUUGAGCAGUUGGGUGACUGGCUUCCAGAGAUGCCAAAAAUUCAGCAUUCAACACUUUUCAGUACGUAAGCGUUGUACUGGUUUAUACCGUUGGGUGAGGAUCUUGAGUGUUCCCAGCACCGCUGACGUUUAUGACUCCUACCUUCUUCCUGAGAAGGAUCGGGGAUUCGAGACAAGCUCACUGUCCACAACACUAAUGAUGGGUAGCUUCUUGGUGUGACGAAGGAGUCAGUGGCCACCUUGAUGUAAAAAAAACAUUGUAAAGUAAAAUUUUCACUGUUUCCAGUGUCAAAUGUAUUUUUAACUGUCUGGUUUGUACUUUUUAUGAAUUUUGUACUACCAAAGCAGGAUUAAAAAUAAAAGCGUUAAAGCAG